ACCUUAGCAACAGUGUGGAGAAAGAACUGGAGGAGGCAAGACUGGAAGUAAGACCAGUUAAAAAGUCGUUGCUGUAGUCCAAGGGAGAGAGAAUGACGAAGCCCUGAACUGGGGACACAGCAGUGGAAAUGGAGAGAAGAGUGCCAUGGAUUUGAGGUCUUCCAGAUGCCUUCUUGAGCCUGCUUGUGGCCACCCACAGACACUUGUAAGGAGGAGAGAAGUCGGGCUGGCAGAGACACUCUGAAAUGAGGGAUUAGAGGCUGGGACCCAAGGAGCAAAAGCUGCAGCCAGAAGACAAGGGAGCAGGCCCUAAGACGCUUCUACUGAGAGGUCUGCCAUGGCCUCUCUUGGCCUCCAACUUGUAGGCUACAUCCUGGGCCUUCUGGGGCUGUUGGGCACCCUGGUUGCCAUGCUGCUCCCCAGCUGGCGAACAAGCUCUUAUGUUGGUGCCAGCAUUGUGACAGCAGUCGGCUUCUCCAAGGGCCUCUGGAUGGAGUGUGCCACACACAGCACAGGCAUCACCCAGUGUGACAUCUACAGCACCCUUCUAGGCCUGCCUGCUGACAUCCAGGCAGCCCAGGCAAUGAUGGUGACAUCCAGUGCAAUCUCUUCGUUGGCCUGCAUUAUCUCUGUGGUGGGCAUGAGAUGCACAGUCUUCUGCCAGGACUCCCGAGCCAAAGACAGAGUGGCGGUAGUGGGCGGAGUCUUCUUCAUCCUUGGAGGCCUCCUAGGCUUCAUCCCUGUUGCCUGGAAUCUUCAUGGGAUCCUGCGGGACUUCUACUCCCCACUGGUACCUGACAGCAUGAAAUUUGAGAUUGGAGAGGCUCUUUACUUGGGUAUUAUUUCCACCCUGUUCUCUCUGAUAGCUGGAAUCAUCCUCUGCUUUUCCUGCCCACUCCAGGGAAAUCGCUCCAACUACUACGAUGCCUACCAGGCCCAGCCCCUCGCCACUAGGAGCUCUCCAAGGCCUGGUCAACCACCCAAAGUCAAGAGUGAGUUUAACUCCUACAGCCUGACAGGGUAUGUGUGAAGAACCAGGGGCCAGAGCUGGGGGGUGGCUGGGUCUGUGAAAACCAGUGGACAGCCCCCCCCAGGGCCACAGAUGAGGGACUUUGCCACUGGAUCAUGUCAGAACCUUCUGCUGAGGAUAGACUGACUUUGGCCACUGGAUCAAGCAAAGGCAGAAAGAGGAGCUGGUGUGACAGCAUGCAGGUUGAAUUGUCAAGAUGCUUGCCAAGCCAGACUUUCCGUUUCCUUCACCUUGGCCUCCCCUACGCUGAAUCCCCAACCCUUGACUUUAAACCCACCCCCUACCCUAGGCCAGGCCAUAGAGGCUCCCUUUGCCCUUUGGUUUACCUGGUAAUCCAUCCAGAUUCCCACUAAUCACAUCCCACUGACUGAUCCUCUUUGUGAUCAAAGACCCUCCCUCUGGUGGAGGUUGGCUCUUUGUUCAUUGCUGGGGCUUGGGAGGAAGGAGGAGCGGUGGUUUUUAUGGGCAUGGCUCUAACCUCCUUCUCAAGCACCCCUCCAAAGAAACUGAUUGGCCAGUAAUAAGCCCUGGAGCCUCCAUCCCACUCUUGUUAUGACUCCACAGUGUCCAGACUGGUUUGUGCAUGAACUGAAAUAAAGCCAUCCCAUGGUACCGAGGGAACAGAGAGCAACUGGGUGCAGGAUGAGAGGGAGAGAAGGCAGUCAAGGACCAAAAAAAGACCAGAAUGACUGCCCAGGGCACUUCCCAUAAUUCCCUCACACUUGUGGGUUGGGGAUCUAGCCCCCAGCUAGAGGAAAGCAUCAGGAAAGAAGCUGUGGUGGAAAGCUCAGGGUGGCAGCGGACUGAUUCCACUGAGGAACUGCCUGAGAAGCUGAAGCCCCAACUCUCACUGAAGCCCCUGCCUAUCUCUGACCUUGCCUCCUGCUAAAUGAGAAGGCUAAGGGCCCUACAUAAUGGUUUCCUUAGGACUGGGAAACUAGUUUUUCUAGAGAUGGCCCUUGACUGAGGGAUGACCGUGUGGGAGCUGUGGGGGACUGAGGAAAAUACCACUCCUUGAUGCUGCCUGAGAAAGAAUAAGAACUUUUGUAUCUAAGAAGCUGGGUAGACAUGUGUGGUGGCUCCAGUGGGUGUUUCUAUUAGGCCAGAGAGAGGCAACUCACCAGAGAGUCUUCAGGCCUAAUGGAAAAUCAGCUCAAAGGCUGAGAUAGGCCUCCAGAGUCUACCCACAGAACCCUACAGAGCCUCUGAAAGACUGCAGCAUCACAUGGGGCCCCUGUCACCCUUCAUAUUCCCCCCACUAUCCUUCACCAGACAUUCCAGAGUUUCUAGAAGGCAUCCAAGGGCUCCAGCAUGGAACAAUCAUGCCCAAAGUGCUGUGGCCCUGAUCUGAGUGAUAGCUGAGCCGCUGCCUGGGAUUUCAGUUGAGAUGGGAGAGUAGAGAAUGGUUCCCAGGCAGCUCCAAGUUCUGAAAAUGCUCCAUUUCCCCUGGGGUGGGGGUGAGGAUGGGAGUCAUAAACAAACCAAAGGCAUUUUCCCUCACCAGCCUAAGCAUGACAAGCUUCUGACAAACUCCAGUACACCUCUCCAAACCUCAGUGGCAACAGAAGGGGCCCAUUCAUUGUCUUUAACAUGCCUUUCAUGUUUCCACCUUCUUGCCUAUGUUAAAGCUGUUCUCCCAAGCUGGAAGGCCCUCUCCCUUUAGUCAAGUCUUUCUCAUGCUUGGAGAACUUGCUCAGCGCCAUGUACUGCACUGAGUCUCCUCUGACCACUCCAUCCCUCUCCUACCCCACCCCCCACCAUCUUCAAUGUAAAAAUUGCUUCUUUGAUGCCUAUCAUUGAGAAUUUUUAAUGGAUAGUUAUCUUUUCAUGUGUGUGUAUCUGAUUUCACAAGUACAUUGUAAACUUUUGGAGGGUAGGGGCCAUAUCUUAGAAACCUCUUUGUAUCCUCCAGACUAUUUGUAAGAGUGCUGGGCACACAGUAGGUGAUCAAUAAAUACUUGUUGAUUGAAUAACUGUUUUAUUAAUUCAAAGGGGCCCAGACAGUACAGGUGUGAUGGAGAGAAUUGGGCUAAGGGGAGGGUAGGAUGGAAACUGGCUUUU